AAACAGCCACCCCAACCGCCGACUUGUUAAAGGAUCUCAGAGGCUGUUUCUGACUUUAGACGAUAUAACUUUUGUAAACACCAAAAUCAGUCGAAUGAGGUUAACUCUUGACAACCUCAGCGAGUCAAAGAGCUGCUCUGAAGAACACAGCCUCAGAUCCGUGACCCACUCGUUGUCGGUGAAAAGCACAACUCUAACCUACGAAACCUCCAAUGUGGCUGUGUACGAGGGAAACUGGGUAUGGCUGAAAAAACUGGAGACUGUGUUGGCCAGUGAUUGGAAGCCACGCGCAACCCAUGUGCUUACCAAGAUGAGGGACUUACGCCAUGAAAAUGUGAACCCCUUUCUGGGUGUUUUAUCUGACACGGGCCUUUCUGCAAUCGUGAUGGGUUUCUGCUCCAGGGGAAGCCUCCAGGACUUGCUACAAAACAUGGACAUAAAGUUAGACUGGAUGUUUAAAUCAUCCCUUUUGAUGGAUUUAAUUAAAGGCAUGAAAUACUUACACAGCCAGGCCUUGACCCACGGGCGCCUCAAAUCUCGCAACUGUGUGGUGGAUGGACGGUUUGUGUUGAAAAUCACGGAUUAUGGCUACGGGGAGCUACUAGCCGCCCAGGGGGUCUCCCAGGAUCAGGCCUCUGCCGAAGAAUUGCUUUGGACUGCUCCUGAAUUACUCAGAGAUCCUCAGCUGGGCUCCAAAGGCAGCUUGCAAGGCGACGUGUUCAGUUUUGCCAUCAUUCUGCAAGAAGUAAUACUCCGAGGGCCUCCCUAUGGCACGGCGGAGCUGUCGGCUGAAGAGAUUAUAAGCAAACUGAAGCACCCCCUGACUUUGUUUCGGCCGAGCGUUCCCCUGGAAAACACCCCUUUGCAAUACAUCCAGCUGAUGAAGCAGUGCUGGAGUGAAGUGCCGAAGCGAAGGCCGACGUUUGACAAGGUCUUUGAACAGUUCAAAACCAUCAACAAAGGAAAACGGACGAACAUCAUGGACUCCAUGCUGCGGAUGUUGGAAAACUAUUCCAGCAACUUGGAGGAAUUAAUCAGAGAGAGAACGGAAGAACUGGAGGUGGAAAAGCAGAAGACGGAGCAGCUGCUGUCGCAGAUGCUCCCCUUGCCAGUGGCUGAAACGCUGAUAAGAGGAGCAUCUGUGGAGCCCGAAUACUUCGACGAGGUUACCAUCUACUUCAGUGACAUCAUCGGCUUCACCACCAUGUCCGCCCUCUGUGAGCCUAUUGAAAUUGUGGACUUCCUGAAUGACCUCUACACUCUCUUUGACGCCAUCAUUGGUCAUCAUGAUGUCUACAAGGUGGAGACCAUCGGUGAUGCUUAUAUGGUGGCUUCAGGGCUCCCGAAACGCAACGGCCACAGGCACGCGGCGGAGAUCGCCAACAUGUCUCUGGAUAUCCUCAGCUCAGUGGGAACUUUCCGAGUGAAGCAUAUCCCGGAUUUGCCCGUUAAGAUACGGAUGGGGCUGCAUUCAGGCCCCUGUGCUGCAGGAGUGGUAGGUCUCACCAUGCCCAGGUACUGUCUGUUUGGAGACACGGUGAAUACGGCUUCGCGAAUAGAGUCCACCGGAUUGCCCUACAGGAUUCACAUCAGCCAAAAUACAAUGAGGAUCCUUCAGAAUCUUAAAGAUGGUUACAAAAUGAACUUCAGAGGGAAGACAGAACUGAAGGGCAAAGGAUUGGAAGACACCUACUGGCUAGUUGGCAAAAAAGGAUUCACGAAAACCCUCCCUCAUCCACCGGAAAUAAAACCCGGCCAACCCUGGCAAGAAUUAAUCACCCGGGAAAUUAAGGCUGCCAUGAAGAUCCGCAGGAGGAAGUUCACGGACCAGCAGAGCAGAGAGCUGUAAAAUGGGUGCAGAGGGGAAGACUGGCCCACCUUCCAAACCCUGGCCCUUUUUCUGAGAAAUCAGGCUUCAAGCACCUGACCCCAAUGAAACACUCACUGACAGCAAUUGAUGGCGCCUUCUGGAUUCUCUUUUUUUUUAAUUGAAAAGUUUUAUACG